CCUCUCAAUCUCCGCCAGCGCUGCUACUGCCCCUCUAGUACCCCCUGCUGCAGAGAAAGAAUAUUACACCGGGAUCCAUGCAGCCAGCAAUGAUGAUGUUUUCCAGUAAAUACUGGGCACGGAGAGGGUUUUCCCUGGAUUCAGCAGUGCCCGAAGAGCAUCAGCUACUUGGCAGCUCAACACUAAAUAAACCUAACUCUGGCAAAAAUGACGACAAAGGCAACAAGGGAAGCAGCAAAAGUGAAACUGCUACCGAAAGUGGCAAGACAGCAGUUGUUUUCUCCUUGAAAAAUGAAGUUGGCGGACUGGUAAAAGCACUGAGGCUCUUUCAGGAAAAACGUGUCAACAUGGUUCAUAUUGAAUCCAGGAAAUCUCGGCGAAGAAGUUCUGAGGUUGAAAUCUUUGUGGACUGUGAGUGUGGGAAAACAGAAUUCAAUGAGCUCAUUCAGUUGCUGAAAUUUCAAACCACUAUUGUGACGCUGAAUCCUCCAGAGAAUAUUUGGACAGAGGAAGAAGAGCUAGAGGAUGUGCCCUGGUUCCCUCGGAAGAUCUCUGAGUUAGACAAAUGCUCUCACAGAGUUCUCAUGUAUGGUUCUGAGCUUGAUGCCGACCACCCAGGAUUUAAGGACAAUGUCUAUCGACAGAGAAGAAAGUAUUUUGUGGAUGUGGCCAUGGGUUAUAAAUAUGGUCAGCCCAUUCCCAGGGUGGAGUAUACUGAAGAAGAAACUAAAACUUGGGGUGUUGUAUUCCGGGAGCUCUCCAAACUCUAUCCCACUCAUGCUUGCCGAGAGUAUUUGAAAAACUUCCCUCUGCUGACUAAAUACUGUGGCUACAGAGAGGACAAUGUGCCUCAACUCGAAGAUGUCUCCAUGUUUCUGAAAGAAAGGUCUGGCUUCACGGUGAGGCCGGUGGCUGGAUACCUGAGCCCACGAGACUUUCUGGCAGGACUGGCCUACAGAGUGUUCCACUGUACCCAGUACAUCCGGCAUGGCUCAGAUCCCCUCUACACCCCGGAACCAGACACAUGCCAUGAACUCUUGGGACAUGUUCCACUACUUGCGGAUCCUAAGUUUGCUCAGUUUUCACAAGAAAUAGGUCUGGCGUCUCUGGGAGCAUCAGAUGAAGAUGUUCAGAAACUAGCCACGUGCUAUUUCUUCACAAUCGAGUUUGGCCUUUGCAAGCAAGAAGGGCAACUGCGGGCAUAUGGAGCAGGACUCCUUUCCUCCAUUGGAGAAUUAAAGCAUGCCCUUUCUGACAAGGCAUGUGUGAAAGCCUUUGACCCAAAGACAACUUGCUUACAGGAAUGCCUUAUCACCACCUUCCAGGAAGCCUACUUUGUUUCAGAAAGUUUUGAAGAAGCCAAAGAAAAGAUGAGGGACUUUGCAAAGUCAAUUACCCGUCCCUUCUCAGUAUACUUCAAUCCCUACACACAGAGUAUUGAAAUUCUGAAAGACACCAGAAGUAUUGAAAAUGUGGUGCAGGACCUUCGCAGCGACUUGAAUACAGUGUGUGAUGCUUUAAACAAAAUGAACCAAUAUCUGGGAAUUUGAUGCCUGGAACCGAUGUUGUUGCCAGCAUGAUCUUUUUGGGGCUUAGCAGCAGUUCAGUCAAUGUCAUAUAACACAAAUAACCUUCUGUGUCAUGGCUUGGCUAAUAAGCAUGCAAUUCCAUAUAUCUAUACCAUCUUGUAACUCACUGUGUUAGUAUAUAAAGCACCAUAAGAAAUCCAAUGGCAGAUAACCACUCAUUGUAUGAAAUAACGUAAUAUGUUUAAACAUCUUAAAAAGAUUUGACAUUCCUGCUUAGUGUCCUUAACCAAACUGCAUCUAGUUAAAAUUUGUAACAAAUAGCCCUCUUAUGAGUCUCAUUUAUGCCCUUUUCUUUUUCAGAUCUAAGCCUUUCCUCUGUGUUCAUUAGAUAAAAUGAAAAAAAGCAGUGAAGCUGUUUCCAUUUUCAAUAGUAUCAGUGUUUUCACGCAUUAUUUGAGAUAAACCCAGAAUUGUAGGAAACUUCCCAUCACAAUAACAAAGGUUCAAUAUUCUAUUUCAAAAAUUGUUGAGGUAACACAGCAGUUGGAAUGAUUUUUAGGUUGAGUAUUUACACAAUGCAAGAAAACACCUUUUUACAAAUGGAAUUAUGUAGGUUGCGUUGACCUUGUAGAACCUGAGUUAUGACAAGCUUCCUGAAGUAUUUUGGAAGAUAGUACUUCCGGAAAGGACAUUAGGAAAGACUAAACAGUGGACAAUCAAUCUUGGGACUAUGAAUUUUAUGCUGGAAUAAAGUAAAUUAUCAUGUUCAGGUGUUUAAACAACUUUUUUCUGGUCAGAGGAGAAUAAAAUCACAGAGCUAUAAAGAUCAUCUUUGAUUUCAGAGAUGUGGAAAUUGAGUCACAGAGAAGUUGUGAUUUGCCUGAAGCAGUACAGUGAGUUGUACACUAACAUUCACAGUCGAUUGCACUUUCCUUUCGUUUUGCUGAUAAAUUCGUCCCAGUGCGUGCAUGUGUUUCUGUGUCAUCCGAGAUGGGAAACUUCAUCUUGGUGUGUGCAUGUGUUAAUAUGUCGUUGGAGAUAGGAAAUAAUGCCUAUCCAAACUAAUGUUUAUCAGUAAAUAGAACUUGGUUUGUGGUCAAGGGUUGCCAACUGUAUAUAUAUUGUUUCCCCUCACAGCUGCAAAUCAGGCCAAAUCUAUGGAAGGUUCUCCACUUUCCUAAAGUUUGGGCAACUUUGGGUAAACAGUAGUGAUGCAGCACACAGUUUUGGUGGUCUUUGCAGUAAAAGAUGAAAUUAAGUGGUUAAGUGAACAAAUAGAAAACUGCUGAGAGUGAAUGAAUUUCUUUGGAUUCCCUCACUGAACAUAACUACUGUUCUUCUGAUUCUGCAUUUGGUAGUAAGGAACACUGGACUGGGGAAGGAGGGGGCAAGAAAAACUAGAGAAAAAAAUGACAAAAUAACCUUUAGCAAUUUAAAAUAUUUACUUGAGCAAUUUCCAAAGAUGUUCUUUUAGUAAGAAAUUACAUAUAAUUUUAAACUAAUUCAUACUCUUAUGUGGAGCCCACAAAGGGUCAGAAAUCUUUGGACUAAAUAUAUUCAGGAAGAACAUGAGAAAGAGCUAAAAGACACAUCAGGGAGCGAUCAAACUAAAAUGAAAACCCAGAGGUUUGAAUAUUGGUUGUCUUAACGAUUGAGGAUCUUUUAUCUCUGAAGCAUUCUCAGAACAACUGAAUUUUGAGAAAUAAUUUGGUGGAUAGAAUGUGAGAGUCACAAAAUAUAAAUGCUAUUCCAGGUGAAGGGAAUAGUGCCUUGAAAAAUUGGUGGUGGAGAAAUGAGGAACAAGCUAAACCAAAUUUAAAAGAUCUAGAUUGAUCAGGCAGUCAUAUAUUUUGAUAGUUUCAUAGAUCCAUAAAUAUAUAGUUUCUUAUAUCUUGCUUUGCUAGCUUUAGAUGACCCUGAAUAAAUUACUUAUAAAUUAGAAUCCAGAAUCAUAAUCCAGAAUAGCCUAUCCACAAAUUUUCAGAACUGGUUGCUGAAUUUUCUCAGAGAAGAAAAUUGGCUAGGAAAUGCUCAAUGUCUGCCUUUGGUGUUGUUUUCAUAAUUUGGUAUUGUUUUAGACACAAGUCCUAGAGUCCUGUCAUAUAUAUUCAUUAAAAAACCCUUACAAGUAGUCCCAUGAGAUUAGAGCUUCUUAAUUAAAUAUACUUGAGAGAGAAUUAUAUUUAAUUGUAAACAAAUUCCCUCAACAAAAAAAUAGCAUUUGAAGUGCCUUCUCUUUGGCUUGUAGUGGAAUCCAGUUUUCUAAUAUGUGCAAAAAUCUAUCUUGUUUCAAAAAUAAAAGAGUUGCAAAGUAAAUGGGCUUUCCCACAGAGCUUAUAUAGGUAUCAUACAAGGAAGUGGAAUUACUUGAUUCUUUUUAGAUUUGUUCUCCAUUUGGAAUAGCAGUAACCGUAGUUUUCCCCCUGUGAAACAAUGGAAUCAUGGUUUUCAUUUGUUGUGAGCAUUUAACAUGCAAAUGCCAUUACAGCUAAUGGUGGAAAAAAUCCUAUAAAAUUUAAUAGCCAUCAUAGGAAAAGUGUUGGCAGAAAAAUUCCCUGUAAGGAAAUAGUGUAACAAAAUAAUCACAGCCAGCUUCUUGUCAUAUUUGAUACCUGCUCAGUGUAACCAUUUAUCCCAAUUAUGCUUCAUGACUUAAAGCUAAAUUAAAUAGAUCCAAGGGCAAUUAUAAAUUUAAAGACACUUGCUCACUGUCAUCUCACUGUGAGUUGUUACUUUAUUAUGGCUUUGCUGCUGACUUCUGUAAUCAGCUAAUCAGAAAUCAACACAAAAUUCCUGGCAGGACCAGGGUGCUUACCUGUCACAUUUUGCAAAAGAUAGCCAGAAUCUGAUUAGUCCAGUUUUAUUCUUGAAGCAUUUUAGUCUAUUAUGAGUUAGAAUAAGGCAUACAAUAUAUUCUUGAAUGUUCCUUUUAUUUGGCAUAAUGAAAGCAUAAUAGACUAUUUAUAAAUUAUACCUUUUGAGAGUGGGAAAAUUUGAACUGAAAUUUCUUCUUCCUUUUUUUUUCUUCCACAUUAGUGGUGAAAGUUGUGAGACUUGGGUUUCUGACUUAGUCUCAUUUAUGUACUGUGUAAUUUACAAAUGAUGCUUUAUGGGCAUGAUGUAUCUGUGCUUGUCUUGCUUGCUUAUAGUAAAUGGGCCUGAGCCUAAUGAUUGUGAAGUAUUGCAACAUUUACCAACAUGAAAAGUCUACAAUGAAAAACAGUGUGCUUUAACGUGAAAUCAAAUAGAAAUACAGAGUUUCAUUUUCAAAUGGAGUCAUGGCUGGCAUCACCUCAUUUUCUUCAUUCGAGGAGGAAAACAUUAACACAAGAUGUAGUUGUCCUCCAAUUCAUUUGAUCUAAUUUUCAACUUCUGAAGAAUCAAGUCUUGAUGUUUAUUCUUUCAAACUUGUCUUACUUAUAAUGAAGAAGAAAGCAGUCCAGAGUUUUCUGGUGUGUCUGAGGUUUUUUUUUUCCUUUUGGGAAAUGAUUCUUAUGCAAAUUGUCAUGUUCUGGGGACACUCAAAGGAAUUAACAAUGGGAGACUGCUUCUUGUAAUAUUAGAUUUGCAAAUGUUUGAAAUAAAACCAGUUCUAG